AUGGUAUGUUUAUCACAAGUUUGUGUUGGAGAAUUUUUCUGUGGCUAUGCUGACUGGGUAGAUGCGCCUCCUUGUGAUGGUUGUCGCAGUAAAACCAGAAGACAAGGCACGGGAUCUCUACUCUCUUCAGAAAUUCAAUAUGGAGCAUCUCGAGUUGAACUCUAUCUCUGCAGUGUUUGCUCAAGAAUCACUCGUUUCCCACGCUACACUGAUCCAUUAAAGCUUGUGGAAACAAGAAGGGGGCGUUGUGGGGAGUGGUCCAAUUGCUUUACACUUUAUUGUCGAGCUUUUGGCUAUAAAUCUCGUCUGAUCUAUGGUUUCACCGAUCAUGGUUGGACCGAGUGCUUCUCACAGGCUUUAGGAAGGUGGAUGCAUCUUGAUCCUUCUGAAGGAGUAUAUGACAGACCAUUGUUAUAUGAAAAGGGGUGGAGUAAGGAAUUAAAUUAUGCAAUAGCCAUUGCAAAAGAUGGAGUUUAUGAUGUUACCAAACGCUACACAAGGAAGUGGGAUGAGGUUCUGUCCCGACGAAACAUUACUACAGAGCCUGCCUUGUCAGCUGUCCUUACUACUAUAACACAAGAAUGUAGAAGAGGCUUUACUUCUCAGGUGCUUUCUGAACUUGACGAUUGUGACAAGAAGGAAAGAGAAGUACUUGAAAGAGAUUUACAUUCUACAGAUGAUGACUCAAUCUCAUUACCUGGAAGACAAAGUGGGGACAAGGAAUAGCGCAAGUUAAGACUGGAAUUUGGCUCUG